GUGGGCUUCUGGUAAGAGUAGGAGUGCUUGGAGCCUGAUUACUAACUUUGUGCGUGACAUUAGCUUCGUACAGCUACAGCAUUUCACACAUCGCGCAGUUAUUCUAAAGGACAGUUUUAGCAUUUGCUGCGGGCAGUGGUGGCAUGCGAUACGAAUUCCGCCUUCAAGUUUAGCAGAAUUGAAAAGCAUGUGCUCCACAUUCGAAGGAAACGUUUGGUUUUUAACCCAGUCUGCGAAGUGAAAAAGGUAUCACUGUGUUAGAUUUGCUUUUGAUGAAAAGGAAGACUUGAAGAAAAUUGUGAUGGCUAAACGGUGUGAUCCCAUCAAAGAUAAAUGCCCAAAAGGCUAUGUUUUACAAAGUCGCUGCACGACCACCUCAAACGUCAAGUGCUUACCUUGUCCACCAAACCACUAUCUACCAUACGAGAAUUCAGAGACGAGUUGCUGGCUCUGCAGUACGUGCAACACUGCCUCCCUGCAAGUCAAGAGGCCAUGCGGUCCUGAAGGAAAUAUCAUUUGUGGGUGCAAGGAUGGAAUGUACUGCACAUAUUUUUCUGAAAACAGCUGCAAACAGUGUUCUUCUCAUAAAAACUGCCCGAGAGGAGAGGGCGUUGUCAGUCGAGGGACCCCGACGAAGAACACAACUUGCAAGAAAUGUCCGAAAGGCAGCUUCUCCAACAAUAAUUCAAAGACGGAGCCAUGCAAACCACACUCCCGAUGUGAAGCAGGUGUGUGGCAAGCUGGGACAAGCAAGGCUGACGUAAUUUGUGCAAGUUCAAACACGACAGAGGUCCCAAAAAAUGUAACUCAAGACGCUGGUGACAAUGCAGUGAUUUGUCGGGAAGGGUCGUUUUGUGUGGAGGGCAGCGCUGUGCAUGGCAGCUGUCUGCGCUGUCAGGAAUACAGCGUCUGUGGCCCUGGCUCUGAAGUCUCCAGUCAUGGAACAGAAUCUUCAGAUGCACAGUGCAGGCCCUGUCCAUCUGGGACCUUUUCCAACACCACCUCCUCAGUGAAGACAUGCAUCCCUCACACAAACUGCUCCAGCCUCGGAAGGGAUCUUCUUAUCCAAGGAACCGCAACCACUGAUGCCACCUGUGCCCCUUUCUUUUCAACCACCCGGAGGACAGAUUUAAUUCCGACCAUCAGUGAUGGAGCAUUGCCAGGGCAGCCUUCAAAUAUGCCAGCCACGCCGGGUACAACUUUCGUUCCCAUCACCGGCGGAGCGGUGCCAGCGCAACCUCCAGGUGUGGCAGCCGAAACAAUCGCAAUUGGAGGAGGUGUUUUUGUGAUCAUUGUCGUCGGCAUAUUGAUCUACAAGUUCUUCAAGAAACGAAUGCAUAAUGAAAAAAAUGGAAUAUACAUCGCCAUGGAAAUGCAGAGGCCCAGGAUUCCCAUGGAGCAGCAACAAUUUGGUAACGUGGACGACGAGGGGUACGCAGCGGUGGCCCGAUGGCCGGUGGAGGAGCCCCUGCACGUCGAGCGUAACGUGGCCCUCAGAAGCAACGACGGCCGCCCCCCUCUCCCCCCCCUGCCGUCGGUGGCGGCAGAGGAGCCCCGGGUCACGUCCACAUACGAUACGGAUCGGAGAGACAGUGGCCUGGGCAGCGGCAUCAUAAACGGUGGAGGAGUGGACGUGGACACGCCUAGCAGCUGCUACAACAACCUGUCGGGUAGCAGCGGUCGGACGGCGUCGUCGUCAUCUCCGCUCGACCAAAAGGAGAAUAACUUUCUCCCAAUGAAACAAAGCAGCAUUGAGAACGAUGUCUUUGCAGCACCAAAUGGGCCACUCAUCACGGUGACCAUCAACGGACCGGUCUUCGUGGAGCGCAACCUGGUCGAGAGCAGCCUGGCCCUGAGGCCCCACGAGAGCCCUGCAGAGGGGAACGAAGCCAUCAUGACCACACCACUGCCAGAGCAGAGUCCGCAUGUCCCCGGGAAGUUGGUAACAGCCUCAGAGUACCGGCCACCACCACCACCAUCGCCCACUUCCCCGGUGACUCAGAGCGGCCCUCUGCCACUGUGCGAGAAUAAUUUGGCUUCGACAGGUGGUGCCCAGGGGGGCGAUCUCUUGAGAGCGGGAGCUGGGGUGGGGCGGAAUCACCCCGUGGAGUCCGAGUCGCCCUGCGAACACGAGUGGACGACGUGCGUCGUGUAGCCAUAGAUGCGACGAAGCCAGGCGUUGUGGCGGGUACCUGCAAUCCGGGAGGUGGAUUCGUCGCAUGGAUCUCAUCAUGUGCUGUGAGACUCCCGACCAGCUCGAAAGAGAAGUGGCCAAGUGAUGGCAGUACAUAAAAUGGGUUACCAGGUUUUGGAUGUUAACCCACAAACAUGUGGGUCUCUUUCAUGUAAUCUUGUUUCUACUGACAUUCAAAUUCUCAGGAAGAAAGAAUUAGUCGAAUGUUGUAAUAUGCGACUCCUGAUGAAGAGACUGAAGACUCAGUGAGGAUUUCUGGAAAUGAUAUUCUACAAUCAUGAUUAUCAUGAAAUAUAAAUGGAAGAAACACUGUAUCUGAACGAUAUGCUUAAGCAUGAAUUACAUACAAAGGGUGGACCUAUAGGUCACUGUAAAAGCUGAAUCAUGAUAUAUUAAAAUAUAAGUUGCCCGCACUUAGGUAUUAGCACUUGGAUAUAGCUGUUUUAUCACCACUUGGAUUGUGAUUCAAAAUGUCAUAUUUCAAAUGUAUAGAUGUUUUCGGCACAAUUUUGGGUUUUUAUUUUAAAAAUUAGAAUAAAUUUAAAUGACUAAAUUUGAAUAACCGUCAAUUUUACCAUUACAUUUUAAUAUUUAUUUACAUGUAAGUUUUAGGAUUAUACAUUGAAAAAAUACUUCUCAAAAGUUUAAAUAAUCUUUAUUUAGGUUAUUUUAAGUGAAAUAAUUUAGAAUUUUUAUCAUUCCAGUUUAAUUGAUAAGAAAUGUAUUUUAUACUCAUAAUUUUAAACCACUUUCUUUGAGUCAACUUAACGUUUAGUAAUUUUGUUUGUAUUAUCUUGCUGGUAUUAAUUACACUUGGGCAUUUUAUCCGAGAAAGUUUAAUUGAGUAUCAACAUUAUUUUUCAGGAGUGUCUUGCAUUGGGAUAUUAGAUCAACACCUGUAUUACAAUUACAAUAUCUCAACACGCUUGUCAAUAACUUCGUGUGGUCUUAAUAGAAAACUAUUUAAGCGGUGGCAUUUUGCACAAUGGCCCUUCUUUGUAGCACAUACAUUUAGAGGCCAGAGAGGUAUAGUGCAUGAGAAUUGUAGACUGCACUUUAUACCAUGGGGCCAGAUUAAAAAUGUUUUUAAUGUUUCCUGAAAAUAUUAGAAAUGCUUCCUGAAGUUUUUUUUUCCGGAAAAAAUAUAUUUUAAUCAGCUCCUAUGAUGUAAACUGCCAUCCCCAACUCUUAUCAUUCAUGCCAUCUCUAUGGACUAUGUGCCAUUAAGUAGGGCCAUUGCCCGAAACGUCACGUUAUAUAGUGUUCCUUUGAAGGCAGUGUUACUGACGAAUGUGUUGAGUUUUUGAAAUCUGUGUUUGCGCACAACUGUCAGCGCAACAUCACCAAAUUAUUAAAUGAGGUAUGGCAGUAAACUGCAGUAGCUGGAUUCAAAAACCCCACCUUGCUUACAGGAGGAUAACAUCUUCUUGGUUCUUUCGGUAAAGUCACGUAGAAGGGAAGUAAUAAAAUAAUAGAAAUAAAACAUAAUAAAAUAAUUCUCACGACGUUUCGGCUACAACGCAAGCAGCCGUCUUCAGGUGAAGAAUGAGACACUGCCAAGCUGGGAGCUUAUAUAUAAGCUGGGUUGGAGGUGGAAGAAAAGCGCCUUAACAAAAAGAAUGUGCAUAUCAAGAGGAAUUUAGCAUAUUCAUGGGAAAUGCGUAGGAGGUGGGCGGGGGGGUUUCAAAGUCAUAUUAUGCCCAUACAUUAUGCAGGAUCAGCAGCACCAAGGGAGGGUGCAGGGAGUAGCAUUAACAAAGGAAAGGAAUGUUAAUAGUAUGUAGCUGCAGUUACUAAACAACCACGUAGAAAACUAAAGUAUAAACUACAUAAAAAACUAAAGUAUAAACUGCAUAGCAUCAUCAGUAUACUUACUAUACUCUACAAUAAGCUGAGUUACUCACAGCAAGUAAUAACAGCCUAAGGCCAGCUCUAUAAUACAGUAUCGGUUACCAGCCCAGCAGCUUUGGGAAUAUAUGAUCUAUCAACGAUUGCCUUCAAAACACUGGCUCAGAGCCGUGGGAUACCAAGGCCAGCUGUUGGACAGUACUGAUCGCACCUGCAAUGCCGUAGCCACGGAGGUGGGACAAGAGGGAAAUUUGCUCGACAUGUCAAAGAUAUCAAAUCGGUACAUGGUUUGGGCAACACAUUCGACUAAAUUUGAGUUGUAAAACAACGUAUUGAACAAUAAUGAAUUGUAAUUUAUUACAAACUAAAUUGUGUCUGAGUCUUAACAAGUAUAACCCGUAAAAACUAAGUUUUUCAUUAUAAAUCCUUUAUAUGCGUGGCGGCUAGAGUCCUCUCGUCCUCUGGCUUGAGAUGGCUGCCACCUAUGGGUUAGAUGAUUGUCUGCCAGUAUUAAGCAAUUGGUAAUUAAAUAUUUAAUUUGUUUUCCCUAAACAGUGUAAAAUUUUUUAAAAAAAUUUCACGAACAUUAAUUGUCUCGCACAACGAGUCUGUGUGCAAAAUGUCAGCUCGAUUGGAUCACGGGAAGUGGGUUAAAAAACGACCGAAAGAUUUGCACGGUCGUAAGCAAGCAAGCACGCAAGCAAGCAAGCGAACUUAAUAUUAAGGAUUUAAAAAGCACAUUCUAACAUGAGUCAGCGAAUUGAAAGUUGCACUCUGCAGACUUUACAUCCCACCCCCUCGGCUACAGUGUCUCGUUGUCAACAGAGCCAAUGUUUUUUCACACACUAGGGUUGCCCUAGCGAUCAAUGGAUGGUGAGGAGAUCUCACUGCCAAAUCUCUGGACACAUCCACAGCAAAGAUUCCAUGAGACAUGUGGCAAGGCCUCCAUGUAUGUCCCUGAUCCCCUCUACCCUUUGUGAGGUAGGGUUAGGUAACCCUCCGCACUUGUGAACUAUUCGUAAAAGACGUAGUGCAGAAUAUACUUUUGUACGUAAAGAAUGCUUCUUAUAUUGCGAGUUUAUACGAUGGAUUUUGAUUCUUCACAAGUUGUAAGUUAGUCGACCAUCAAGGUCGUGUGCAGUGGGGUAAAGUGUGGGUAUUCCCACCUCUUAAAAAACGUCUGGCAGGGUGGAAGAGUAGACCAAAAUAUCCAUGAGCGCAGCUCUCUAGAGCUCCUUUUAGUAGAGGCCCUUCUGUCCGCAGUGGUGUGAGCAAGCAAUUUCAGGGCUGCACCUUUACCUGUUAUGUUUUAUUCAAUUGGUUUUAUGUAAUUUAUACAGCCACCGGAGGUGCUACAUUCACCACAAAUGGCAAAAAAAAAGAAUCGUUGAUUUGAAUUGAGACCGAGAAGCAUGAGAAUGAAUUGAAUUGUGAAUUGUGCAAAAUAUUUACACGACCGCUGAUUGCAAGCAUUUAAAAAUCCAAUUGACCAGCUGCCAGAAUUUAAUUGUGGUAUAACUGCUAUGUUUAUAUGCUAUGGAAAUGACUGUAAAGUUUUUUAAAAGUGUAGUUCGUAUAAAAGAUAUAUAUUUUCGAGUGAUGAAUAUAUGCAUUUUAUCAUUUAAGAAAUAUGCAAACAAUUGUUUCAGAUUUGUAUACAAGAGUUUAUAUUGUUUUGCAUUUAUGGGAAAUUUUAUUUUUGUUAAAUAGCGAUUCUGUGACGUUACGAAUGAUUUAUUUGAUGUUAAUAAAAAAUAACGCAGCCUUGAAAAAAAUAUUCGUGGUGGAAAUGUGUUUUGGUUACUGGUAAUACUUUACAAUAAACACGUUAACACGUAACAUACACAAUUGCAGUGGGUUUUUCAUACAUAUCAAUAUCACAUUCUUUGCUUGCUGCAUAUGAUGUAUGGUAUCUUACA